AUGGAAAUUGGAAUAGGUAAGCCUUACAUGUUUUUACCUUCUACAAAGGAUAUGUGGGAAGUUGUUAAGGAAACAUACUCUGAUAUUCAAAACUCCUCUCAAAUUUUUGGUUUAAAAUCAAAGUUAUGGCAUGCGAAACAAGGUGACAGGAGUGUAACUGCUUAUUACAAUGAACUGUUAACACUGUGGCAAGAGUUAGAUAUCUGUUAUGAUGAUAAUUUGAGGUGUACAGAAGACAGUGUUUUGUUUCUCAAGAGGCAAGAAAAUGAUCGUGUAUUCAUGUUUCUCACUGGGCUCAAUAAAGAACUUGAUGAGGUAAGAGGUAAAGUUUUAGGAAAAGUACCAUUGCCAACUCUUCGUGAAAUUUUUGCAGAAAUAAGAAGGGAAGAGGCACGACAAGGAAUUAUGAUGGGCAAGACACCGCGAAAUUCUGAAUCUGAAGGCUCAACUAUGGCUACUAGGAACCUUGACGAGGGAAGAAAGUCAGACAAAGUUCCUUGGUGUGAUCACUGCAAGCGAGAAUGGCAUACACGUGAAAAUUGUUGGAAGCUCAAAGACAAACCUCCUAACUGGAAGAAAAAAAAUGGUCGUGCAUUUCAAGAUAGUAAUUCUGAUCAAGGGAAACCUCCUCCAUCUCAAUUUCCACUCACUGUGGAGCAACUCGACAUACUGUACAAACUCCUGGAGUCUCCAACCCCUUCUUGCUCUAUAGCAACAAAAGUCCAUGUACAGGAUUUGAACUCGGGGAAGAUGAUUGACAAUGCUAAGGAGAGUGGAGGACUCUACUACCUUGACAUUGGAUAUGCAUCACAACUACCUUAA